AUGUCUCAGGUGUCCCCUCGAUCUUCCCUGGUCUGAUCUUCCGAUGUUCCUUCGCUUCCGAGAUUCCGUGUCUUCCUUCUUUACUCAAAAUGUAGCUAUCUUCUAGGACCUGAAGUUCCUCGCGUUUCCCACCGCGUCCUCCUUGUUUGAGGUUGCUGAUCCAUACCCCUGAUUUCAUCUCGAUGCUGGCCUUAGACAGGCCGAUAUGUUCUUAUUCUUUCUGAUGCUGUGUUUUCUUCGUCCUGGAAUUCAUUUGUAUUUGUUUACCGUUGGAGAUGGCUACGUUUCCGGCUUAGACUGUAACGUAUCGCUCACGUUGAUGCUCGUUUUAAAUUUGAGACCCUAGCGAUCGCGCUAUUUUUUUCUGGCGGAAUAGUAAAAUCUAACCUCCCUAAAUGUUUCUGUGCAGGUGGACAGUCGAAACUCUUCUGCUGCGGGCAAACGUGCGCGAACCGAUGGUGGAUAUCCACUUCUCUUCUUGCUUUAUUUUCCUUCCCCAGGUUUCCCACCUUAAUUCUGGAUCUUAAUUCGUGGGUUAUCAAUUUCCCUCUCAUUCUUUGUAUUACAGGAGGACGCCGUGAAGAUGAUUGGACGUGUCCCAGCUGUGGGAAUGUUAAUUUCUCGUUUAGAACAACUUGCAAUAUGCGUAAUUGCACCCAAUCUCGACCCGCGGAUCAUAAUGUUGUAAGUUCGAGUCAGAGUGUGCUUCCAAUCUCUCAGUGAACAUCCUUAGAUAUUUGGGGUGAAGGAGUUACGCGGUUCAGUUGCAGUUUUUCCUAAUAUUUUAAUGGUGCAACCGCACUUGCAAUUAUCUCCACUGAAUCUCUACAUCCGUCAUAAAUUCUUUCUAUUCAUGUUGCUUAUGUGAUAUAGAUGCCCUAUCUUUCUUUUCACAAAUGUUUGUCCCAUCCUUCCUCUUUAACAGUUGUUUGUCUAUUCUAUUUAGAAACUGUGGCCGUAGAAGUGUUACGCUCUUCAUUUAGUUUCUCCGUUUCCUCUUCUUGCUGACCCCUUUCCAAUUUUUUGUUUCAAGAAACCUGGUGCCAAACCAAUGCAACCCACUCCGCCUUACACGUCGGCUGGUUACAUGGGCUCUGUAGCUCCUUCAAUGUAUCUAGGAGCUCCGCCUUAUGCUCCACUUCUCAACGGAUCAGCAAUGCCUCCAUAUGAUCUCCCCUUCUCUGGUGGCUCUGGAUACCAUUAUGAUUAUGGUAGUCGCCUUUCUAUGGGGAGUCCAUAUGGGGCGCUACACAUGUCUGGGCCGCCACCUUAUUCCGCUGGAGCCAUGAUGGGGGCAGGUAGUUGUAUAAGAAUAUUUUAGUUUAACACGUUAUGUACACCGGAUGAAUAAUUGUCAUUUAAUAUUGAGGAAUGUGUUGUCAGUUGGAUUUUAUUUUGUGGUUUAUGCUUUAUUUUUAAUCUGAGUAUUAAUCUGAUCGAAGUCGAUUCCCAUGUUUGUCAAAACAUUGUUGCAAUAGCAUCAUUCUCUUUGUACCGCUACUCACAGUACUUACAUGGCUGUAUUGUAGGUGGAAUGUAUGGUAUGGCGCCUCUGAUGGAUCGUUAUGGCAUGGGCAUGCAUAUGGGUCCUGGUGCCAUGGUAUGUCACAGCUUUAUUUAUUGUUUUCUUUGAUUUUUUAGAAUCAAUAUUGGUCGAUCAUAUCUUCCACGUGCUUACAUAUAUCAAAUAGCCGCUUUCUAAUUGUUCGAAUCAACCUGUUUAUUAGACCUUGCACUAAAUCAUUGAAGUGUUGCUAUUGCAGGUACCCAGGCUGGGAAUGUAUCCCGAUGAGAGCUCCCACAAGAGAAAUUCAGGUUAAAUCCUUUUCUUUUCUUGGUUCUCCCCAUUUAGGACGACUUAGCUUACACCUGUUAUAUUUACAGGACGUGAGAGUGAUUGGACUUGUCCGAAUUGUGGGAACAAUAAUUUUUCUUUUCGGACUGUCUGCAACAUGAGAAAAUGCAACACACCCAGACCUGGAACUCAGGUUCAUGUAGUUGUCCGCCUGAUUUUGAACUUUUACGCUUUAAGUUGCAUUAUUUACAGUUUUAAGUUUCCUGUUCGCUUCUCAUAAUUUAUCCUGAUCUUUUCCUCUAUGUCAUUGUUAAUUCACGAGCUUAUGUGCAUCCAUGUGGCAGUUCGAUGAACACGUCCAGAAUGUUAUUCAACCUGUUUUUCAAGAUUUUAGUUGGCAUGUUCUGUUUCCAGCUAUCACUUGGCUUCAAUUUCCUACCAGUUCUUGGGACGGUCUGAAGAUCCAGAUUGAUGUGACUGUGAAGUGUUUCUUAAGUAGUAUCUACCAGUUUAUAUUCGUGCCUUUCCGCUCCGAGUUAUUCUCUAGUGUAUCCACUGGAACUCUUAGGAUUCUGACUUUCUGUCCUUCAGACUCUGCUUAGCUACUUUACUUUUAAUUUAUUUAUUACUCUUGUGUACGUCUGGGAGAUGUCGGACGUGCCUCCUCCCUGCAUUUUUUUUAUAAUAAAUUUACUCUUUAUUUUUUUAAAAAACUGAUAAUGAUUUUAUUGAUUCUUCAAUUGGUUGCAGCCCUCUAAGCUUGAGAAUUCAAAAUCUUCCAGUAAGUAUAUGUGUUGUAGAGAUUGUACACACUUUUUUGGUUCGUUUAAUUAAAUUUACACGGACAUUGCAGAGCCAAAAAUGCCUGAGGGUAGUUGGAAAUGCGAAAAAUGCAACAACAUAAACUAUCCAUUCAGGACGAAAUGUAACCGACAGAACUGUGGAGCAGAACGACCAGCAGAAGCCAACGAUUCUGCGGAGGUAGUGUCCGAGGAUGAUGACAAGGUUUGUUGUUUUUUGCUCAUACUUUCGGAACAUCUGUUGUUUUUCCUUUACUGGAUGUGCUGGGAACAGAUACCAGAGUAUCAUAAACUUCAUAUUUUAAGCAAAAUUUCCUGCAAUGGUGUACGCUUGAGAUCACGUUUUAUAUCUUGUUUUCUUCCCUAAGUUUUUGCACGCAUUGAUUCUUAAUUCUGCUACUGUUCCAGUGAGUACUGUAACCCUUUUGAGGUCAAGACGGUCAAAAGUAGUCGUCAGCUCGCACACAUGUGGAUGUUUGAAAGGUCAGUCGUGUCGUGUUUGUCACUGAAGUUGUUGGGUUACUCUACCUCAUCGAACCCGUGUCAUGUCAUUGUAUUAGCAGAAACAUCUUCAUCAUUUCAGUUGGGAUUUGGUGGUAUAUCAGUCUUUGCAUAAGUCACUGUUAGAUUCUGAUUGUAUGCACAGGUUGGUUAUCAUGAUCUCUGGCAUAGAAGUUUGUGACUUUAAAAUAUUAUGUCAGAGGAUCGGUACUUAUGACCUCAAGUUAGUCGACUGGUGUUUGAUUUGUAGAUGCAACCUUUGGGAGACUGUCAUAUAUAUGAGGUUUCAAUUUACAGUUUCUUUGACUAGAUUUUUGUUGUGUUCACGGCACUGUAUUCACGAGUCGUCUUCAAUGCCUUUAAAUGUAUCAGGCAUGAUAUCGUUGAAUCUUCCGGUGUAUAUUGCAUUUCCUAGUCACUCCAAUCCCUAAAAUAUUUUGAUUUAUUUCAUGAUCAGGUCUCUAUUAUAGCCUUAUUUUUUUCAAAAUCCUAAUCUGUCUUCUUCCUUUUUUUUUAAUAAAUAGAGUUUGGUAACUCUGAGUUUUCUCAAGUCUGUCAUGGUGACUGUGCGUCGCAGAUGGGGUUCUGGUUUUGUUUUGCUCGAUCAUUUGAGUUUGUUAACGCCAUGAAGAUUUUUCUGUCUUGAAUCCAAAUGUGGGAUAUAGCAAUUAAGCAAUUUGCUAAGUUAUAUCUACUGAGCACAUGAAGGUCUUUGCUUGGACCUCGGGUGGAGAUAACAAGUAUAUCAAAGGUCAUUGCUGCCGUUGCUGAUCCUUUUGCAAUGUUAACACUAAUAUUCUACUCCAAACUGCGGAAGAGAUGUUUUCAUUUAGAAAUGGCGUGGGACAGGUUAUAUAGUUCAGCUUAUCAUUUUGAAUAUCUAAAAUUUUAUAAUCGAGCUCAAAGAUAUUCAGAAGCAUUUUCAUUUCAUGGAAGUUGUGGGUGGAGUUUUGCUCCACAACCAUUGGUCGUAUUUGGAGGAGGCAGUGGCGUCAGUCUACUUGGUAGGACAGGAUGUUUCACCCCAAUGGUGGGAGAGUUGUUUUAUUUGAGGUUCCUGUCAAGAAUACCCCGAUGUUAUUUAUCUUUAUGGAGAAUCGUGCCUGCAAUUGCCUGUCUGUUGGAGUGA